CUUAGCUCUUAACCACUGUGCCAAAACUCAUAGCAACCCUGUAAAACAGAGUAGAGCUGCCCCUAUAGAGUUUCCAAGGAGCACCUGGAAACUGUUCAGCAGCUGCAGGUCUGAACCACUAUGCAACCAGGGUUUCCCUGAUAUAGUCAUAGAUAUAUCAAUACAAGACAUUCACUGUAGCAUUGUAGCAGCAGAAAAUUGGGAAUAUUAUAAAUCUCCUUAUACUGACCUGGAAUGUUGUCAAUGAUAAAUCAUUGAUUAAAAUUCAAUGUACAGUGCAUUUGCAUACAUGAUGCCAGCAAUGUUUAUAUAAAUUUAUAUUAUUAAAAUGCAUUUAUAAAUAUGCAAAUUCAAUAUUUCUAAAUAAAAAUGCAAAUCUGGAAGGAUAAAUGACUUUUAGCUAAUUACACAGCUAAAAAGCGUUCCAGAAGUCGAAAUUAGAACCUGAUGUACAUAACUCUAAGACCUUAGCUUUCUGUUCUGCCCUGAACCAUGUCUCUUAUCCCUCCUUCUGGGUCUUUGCACAUGCUGUCCCCCUGCUGGGAAUAGCCUUUGUCUAGCUUUAAAACUUCAAUAAUUUACUUUUCUUUCAUUUCUUCAGUUAUCACUUAUUUCUUUGUCAUUAUUUUAAAUUUACUAGGUCUGCCCUUAUUUAAGGAAACAAGCCACAUCUGAUGCUUUUUAUUGUUCAAAUUUGCAGCAUCCUCUGAGUUUUUAAAAUACUUGUUGUCUGCUUAAAUAAUUAGGGAAUAAGAGGGAAGUGGACUGACAAAGAAAAAGAAAAAUGUUAACUAAGAUUGUCCCUUUCUUCAUUUGAGCGGUCUUUCGAAAAUGUUCUUCAGUGAACCAUUGUGGAAAGAGAAAAGAAAUAUCACAAAAGUAGCUGAGGGUUGUGAUUCAGAGCUGAAUUGGAAAUUUGGGGUAUGGUUUGAUCCUUGAUUAUGGCUGAAGCAAGUCUAGAAAUACAAAUGUUUACCGACUAAAGCUGAUAGCUGUCAUCAUUGAGUCUGACUGACAGAGAAAUAAUAGCCAGUCCCUGAUAUCAAAUCCACUCUCAAGCCUGGAGAAAGGGCUAAUACUAGUAUUCUCUAUUCAGUUCAGAGUUCACUGCCGUUUCCUUUUGUUCUAUAAAAUAUCAUUAAUUGUAUUGGUGCCCACUUCAUCUUUAGUAAUCUAUUAAGAACCUUGAGAAAUGUGAAGUCCCAGGUGAUACAGUUUAUGGCCUCGGCUGCAAACCAAAAGGUUAGAGGUUUGAAUCCACCCAGAGAUACCUCGAAAGAAAGGCCUGGCAAUCUAUUUCUGAAAAAUCAGCCAUAGAAAACCCUAUUGCUCACAGUUCUACUCUGACAUUCAUGGGGUCACCAUGAGUCAGAAUCUACUCCAUGGCAUCUGGUCUAGACUUUGGUUGGCAAGUAACUGUCACUAUGUUGAGAGCAUUAUGAAUUUCCCCUGAGAUUCAUUCUGUCAGAGAUAUGUGAGAAAUAAAGCUGUCCAGCUUCCACUAGAAUCCACAGGUAUCUUUUAAAAAUGUAAGCCUGAUUUAUAAUUCAGGCUAUUUACAAUUAAGAAAUUAUAAUACUCUUUUGUUUUAUACUCUCCCUUGGUUUCCCAUUGCCCUCAGAAAUUCCUUGCCUUGUCCUAAAAUUCUCUGGUUUACCUGGUUACUGCCUCUACCUCUCCAAACACACAUUGAGCCAAAUGAAUGACGCCAAAUAGUCACUAACUAUAAACACUAUGUUGCUUUUUUAGAUUUUCCGACUCUCAGCCAGCGCUCAUAUCAGUACCUGGUAAAUGCGAAACCAAAACAAUGUGACUGAAUUCAUUCUUUUGGGUCUUACGAAAAACCCAGAGCUGAGGAAAAUAUUUUCUGCUGUGUUUCUAAUCAUGUAUGUUGUCACCAUGUUGGGAAACCUACUCAUUGUGGUAACUAUGACUGCAAGUCAGAGUCUGAGGUCACCUAUGUAUUUUUUCCUUACUUCCUUGUCCCUCAUGGAUGCCAUCUUUUCUUCUGUCGUCGCCCCCAAGAUGAUUGUGGAUUCCCUCUCUGAGAGCACUACCAUCUCCCUCAAAGGCUGUAUGACCCAGCUCUUUGCAGAACAUUUCUUUGGUGGAGUGUCAAUCAUCCUUCUCAUUGUGAUGGCCUAUGACCACUAUGUGGCCAUCUGUAAGCCCCUGCACUACAGGACCAUCAUGAGUUCUCGGAUGUGCUGCCUGCUGCUGGGAGGGGCCUGGGUGGGAGGAUUUUUGCAUGCAAUGAUACAGCUUCUCUUCAUGUACCAAAAACCUUUCUGUGGUCCCAAUGUCAUUGAUCACUUUAUGUGUGACUUGUUUCAGUUGCUGACACUGGCCUGCAUGGACACCUGCGUCCUGGGCCUCUUGGUCAUCCUCAAUAGUGGGGUGAUGUGCGUGACCAUCUUUCUUAUCCUCAUUGUCUCCUACAUGAUCAUCCUCUGCUCUUUGAAGUCUUAUAGCUCUGAAGGAUGGCGCAAAGCCCUGUCUACCUGUGGCUCCCACCUCACAGUGAUUGUCUUGUUCUUUGUGCCAUUUGUUUUCUUGUACGUAACACCUGUGGCCACUUAUCCCAUAGACAAGGCAAUGGCUAUGUCGGAGUCUAUCAUCACACCCAUGUUAAAUUCCUUGAUCUACAUCCUGAGAAGCACAGAGGUGAAAAAUACCAUGAAGAAACUUUGGAUGCAAUGAGAGACUUUAGAUGGCAAGUAACUGUCAUCAUGCUGAAAACAUUAUGAGUUUCUCCUAAAGAGAAGUCAUUCUUUCCAAGAUGUGUGAGAAAUAAAACAGCCCAAGUUCCAGAAGAAUCCAGAGGGAUCUUUUAGAAAUACAAGUCUGAUUUAUUGUUUAGGAUAUUUACAACAUAGAAAUUAUGAUACUGAUUUUCAAGGUUUCUUUUCUUCCUCCUAAUCUCAUCCUUGUGGUGGUUACCCUUUCCCCUUUAGCCUUCCCCAGGUCAGUCCUUUUACCUCACUACUGGAACUCCAUUAUCAGAUCUAAGAGCUAUAAUUCAUUUUGUAGUUUUUCCUGUUUACAGGUAAAGUUUAACUAUACAAACUUUUGUCCAUAAAAUGUACCUUUCACAUGUGUGCACACAAGUUAUUUCUCAAAUUCGAGUACUGUGUAAGCCCUUCCUAAGGAGAAAUCAGUUCUUUUGAAUUUCGGCAAUGAUACGAAUCAUGAUUUCACAUUUCUAAUGUAACGAGGUGUUAAGAUUGAAAUUUUGGCUACACAUGAUAAGUGAAAUUACAAAGUGCGUUCCAGAUCACACCAUACCUGCUACUACAGUGAAGGCAGUGAAUGAUGAAGAUAAGAACCCUCACAACUAAGUAAAGAAUAUGAAACCUGGUCAGUAUAAACUGGAAGAGUGGUUUGUGAGAACAGCUUUGGAUGUAGAGAAUUCCCCUGCCCCACCAUGGGAGUAGAGGUAUGCCUGCCUCUCAUGUCGGUACUCGUUUCUCUGAUGUUUCUGUGGAAGGACAUGUUUGGAGUUACCUACUCUGCCAUUUGGCUGACAUCACCUCCUACUUUAAUUUUUAAUUGUCUGUCAACCAGAGGUCAUAGUACCUUAAAAUUCCAGUCAAGUACCUUAAAAUUUGUUUGUAUUUGUGAGUGUGUGUGCAUUUACACAUACAUGUGUACGUGCAUGCUGAAAGGGCACUUCUAGAGAGUGCUAUUCUGACAGACUAGCAUAUGAUCCUCCACAUUGGUGGCUGCAGGGACUGAGAUCAGAAAAAUAUAGGCAGAAAGAGAGACUUAGUGGUAUCAGCACAGGAUUGCCCAGUAGGGCAGGCUCAGCUACAGGUGUCCAAUGUAUCAUCUUCAAGGAGCAUCCUAUCAAAUGCUCAUACUGGCAAAAUGACAAUCUGAAUUCUGCAACUUUCCAGUCUCCUACAGAUUGGCUCAUGUUGACCAAAUUCAUAUGGUACUAGAAAAAGAUUUGUAAAAGGAAUUUGGUGGACACACAUGCACACGAUUAUCCUGUGAUUAGUCAGCACAUUUCUUUCUGGAGAAAAAUGUCUACAAGAAGUUAAAUUACCAAGUGAAAAUGGUCAGGUGUUGAUAGAAUCCAAGUAAGGCUCAUUAUAGGUUGUUUACAAUGGUUAUGAGCUUUAAGUACUCAUAGUCUAAUGCAGUCCUCUCAGAAUAUUAAAUGUGUAUAUAAUGGACCAAUAACAUGUUGAUAUACAUUGACUGCUU